AAGGAGAAGAGAGAGAAAGAGAGAGAUCGAGGACGAGAAUGGCCGACAAUAAACGCAGCAUUUCAGUGAUUGCAGACAUGGAUACUUCAAGCCGAGCUUUGGUGUCCAAGAAGAGGAAACCCGCCGUUGCUGGUUCUGGUUCUGCUUCCUCUGAAUUGGAGCUAUGCUCUUCCGUCGACCGCCUCCGCAGCACGCAUUUGUGGGAAGGGUUGCACGACAUGACCGUUUCACCUGCUAGUUCUGUGAGUUCCGCCGGGACGGUGCUUUCUGGCAGGUCAUUCUCCUGCUGUUCCAGCAAUGUCGUCAAAACUAGCUCAGGCGUUGUGAACAGCACGACGCCGCCUCCGCCGCAGCAACCAGAUCUGGAGGCCAAAGGUUUCGAAACUGUAGAAUCAACGUGCAGCGAUAUCAAAUUAUUCAGGAGGGACAUGUACUUGUUAAGCGAAUCUUUCGGAGACUCGGAAGAAACAAUGACGUUACAGGUCAAGUCACCACCGGCGGUGUUGAGCAAGCAGCGGAAUAUUCCGGUGGCUAAAAUGGCGCCCAAGGAGGAGAUUGAGGAGUUCUUUGCAAUGGCUGAGAAGUACGAGCAAGAACGGUUCGCAGAGAAGUACAACUACGAUAUUGCUAAAGAUAUGCCGUUGGAUGGCCGGUACCAAUGGGUUCGUUUAAAUUGAACAUCCGCAUGAUAUGAAUCAGCCAGAGGGAAAAGGAAAUUUUAGAGAAGGACUAGAUCAGGGCGAGGAGGCUUAACCUGACACAAGGUAAAACGAAAACUGAAUGCAAAUUCCGGUCGCUAGCUAGCUCGAUUGGGGCUGGUUUUGUACAGCUAACCGCUUUAUCUUUAUCUAUAUUGUGGAAUAGAAGUCAUAGCUUUCUGCGACAUUGUCACUGUCACAUUGGCACGGCACACCUAAAUGGAACUUUCUUUCUGCAAGUGGAAUCGCGUAAAUCAGAGAUGUAGGGAUGAGGGGAGAAAUCAAAUUAAUUUGAUGUCCGGGUGUUGUUAUAUUGAACGUCUUUUUCACAGUUUUCAGUAGAGUACAAGAGGCCAUUGAUUGGGCCAAUUCCUAGGGGUGGUUUUAUU